AUGCUUUCAAUUUCAGUUGCUUCUUUUUUACAGCACGUCUACUCAUUUUACAAGCACAAGAAAAUAUUUGAAUGUCAUUCGGAUAUACCCAACAAUUCGAGCUUGGAGACCCAUUUCUUGGCGCACGACAUAAUAAUUUUCGACUUUGGCCUAAUGCAUCGAGUACUUGGUACUAAUGAGUGUGUGGCCAACUACUUGGACGGAGGAUAUAUGCGAUUUGCAUGGACCAUCGAGCAGUCCACUGCUCUUUUUAUUUCUCUUGUUGCUCUAAUGUUCUUCAAAAAACCAUUAUGGUUGUAUUGGCCGGGUCUAUUAAUGCAAUCCUCCUACACACUGGGUCUUUCUGUUCUAACAAUGGCAACUGCUCCGAAAAUUCUAGAAGCUCUCGGAGGAGUAAUCGAUUUCGAACUAGCCCUAAUAUUUUCUGUCUACUCCAUGGGAUUUGCGAUGAAUUGGUUGUUCACAUUUGUUCUUUGGCAUUAUUAUUGGCAUCGAGAACGGAAGUUAUUAGCCGAGAGAGGCAUUUUUCCACCGCCCGAGUUUGUAUGA